AAACGAGUCAGUUGGCGUAGGGACUCCACCGAGAGCACCCGCUCGUACUAAUUUUACUCAAACUCGAACUGUCAAUGGGCUGAUUCGUUCGAUAAAUCUUUGAUUUUUAUGACAUUUCCACGGUUCAACGUUAUUUAUGCGAUUGACGAGUCAAAAUCCACAUUUUUCUUGUUUUUCAUCCUUUUGUUUUCAAACACUUCUCGUUACUCUCGUUGUUGUUAAGAAACAAAAAUAACAAUAAAAAAAUAAUAAUAAUUACAAUCACUAACGUGCAAUGAUGUCGUACGAUUAUCCACAUCCAGUUUCCAGGACUUAUCAGUACAAAAAGAUAACAAAACCGUUGUUGGAGCGUAAAAGAAGAGCCCGAAUAAAUCGUUGCUUGGACGAAUUGAAAGAUCUCAUGGUCGAUGCCCUAGAGACCGAAGGCGAGAACAUAAGCAAGCUGGAGAAGGCGGAUAUAUUGGAGCUGACGGUGCGGCAUCUGCAGAGAUUGCACGCAUCUCGUCCUUCAGGAUUGUCGUCCUCAGAAUCUCCGAGCGAGGAUGGAGGUUCGGCUGAGAAUCGAUGGCAGUCGGGCUUCGGUCACUGCGCUGCGGAGGCUUGCCGUUAUCUCGCCGCUCUUCCCGGGGAAUCUGGCGAACGGCUCGCCCGCCAUCUUGCUUCCGGUCUCCGGACAACGCGACAAAGAAACGUCCCGGUUACGCCCAAGAAUUUGGCGCCGUCGCUCACCCUCGAGCGCGAGAGAAAGGACAUUUUCGCCGAAUCUCGAACGCCCAAUUUACCGGUGGACAUAUCCAUAUCAACGGACUCACGAGGGCCCGAUUCGCCGAACGACUCGUCACGAUAUUCCGUUAUCUCAGACUCCUCGGAACCUCCGGAUGCGCCAAAUAACUCAACCGUUUCCGGUCGUGUACACGAUCAUCAAAAUCCCGAUGUUGAGAGUCCCCUCGCUGCGAAUGUCCAUUCGGUGCUGCGUGACCAGACCGAUGAUCGCUCGCUGGUAAUUACCAAAAUAACGGAUAAUAAAAUCCUCAGACUCGAUCCUCGUCCCACCGGGGGCGACGACGACGAAGAAAUCGACGUUGAAGGAGUCGACGAGGGCGAUCCUAUGUGGAGGCCGUGGUAGUACACUCCCGAGAUGCUUUACGCAAUAAAACUAAGAAAGAAAAAAAAACAACGAAAGAUAGCGAUAAAAUAAUUAUUAUGUUCACUAUUUUUAAUUUACUUCAUUUUAUCAUCGAGUUCGCCUAACGAUUCGUAUACGAAAGGUUGAAUGUGAUUUUUCUACGAAUCUCAAGAGCACCCAUGACCCGGUGGUACCGAUAUUUUGGAGAAGAAAUUUCACAACUCGGAGAAUCAUAAGAUUCAUUCAGAUCCGUCGCAUUCUCAUUUGAGUUACGUUUUCAGAAUGUCGGCCGAAGAAACAUGAUUUUUUACGAAUAGAUAUACGAGUACGUUGAAUGUUUUGGUACAUGGCUUUAAAUACCGUUUAAAUUGAUCACGUUUUCGAGAUUAAUCUCGAAAAUUGUUGCGAGCAAUAAGCACAAAGUGCAGCUUCACGCACUGUAUCGCAUUAUCGAUAAGUUUUUUUUCAUUUAUUUUCAUUUUUCGUGCACGUUGACACUUUGUACAAGAGUUUUUUGUUUCCUGAAUUAUUUUAGUUGCGUUAGUUUACGAUUUAGAUUCAUUUUUGCUCGUUAUAAAUUGAUAAGAUAUUUAUUAUGUUUAACAUCUUCCCAAUAUUCAUCCGUGAUAUUCCUGUGAUAGCGAAGUAAGAAUAAAAUGAUACAUGUUACUACUGAAUAAAAUAUAUCAUUUGCAAUAAA